AUGGCUCUUAACAAUACCACUAAAACAACAACAAACACUUUUGCAACAACACCACAUUUGCCAUUACGUGCAACAAGCCAAAUAGCAUCAAUAGACGAUAGUAUUACUUCACCAACUUUAUCACCAAUUCUCAAAUCAUGUUCAAUACAAAAUCAAAUUAAGCAUACAAGUGAUCAUGUAUAUAUUGUACCAUUGCAAUCAUCACAUAACCAGAUAAAAGUGUUAUCCUCAACAAAUAAAACAAACAAUAACACAGGAACCUCAGUGACUGCUUCAGUAACUAACUCAAUACCAAGAAUAGAGUGGUCAUUCACAAGCAAAGGAAAAGAUUUAUUAAUUGUUAAUAAUCAUACUUUUAAAUUUGAAAAUUGCAAUAUUUGGGUACAAACAACAUUAGAUGGUGUUUAUAUCAAUAUGAAUAGAUCUGAACAUGAUCAUUUUUGUGAUCCUGAUCGUGUUGUUAUAAAAAAAUUAAUUGGUGUGAUUCGUGAACGAUGUAAACAAGAAUUAAUUUCUUUAACAAAUAUCUAUGAACAAGAAGUUAAAAAUGCCAAACUAACGAAAGCACAACUGUGUAGAAUGCCAAGAUAUGAUCAGCUCCAACCGUCUUUGAGUCGUCUGCGUCUGUCACUACUACCGCCACUACCAUCUGAUUUAGAAUUUAUGAUUCCGAAUAAGUAUUCAAUAAAUAUUGAUGGCGAGAGAUUUUUAUUAAAAGAUUUAUCAAAUCAAAAACGAUUUAAACGUUUACUGAUUUUUGCAAGUGAUCGCCUAUUGAAUUUCUUAUUUCAAAGUGAAUGGCUAUUCAUUGAUGGCACAUUUAAAGCAGCACCAUCAAUGUUUACACAAUUAGUUUGUAUAAUCGGUUUUUUUGAAGGUCAAGCUAUUACGUUGUGCUAUGCAUUACUUGAUGGAAAACAUACGGAUGGUUAUCGAGCUAUCAUUAGUACUUUAAAAGAUGAAGCUAAACGACGUGGAACCGUAUUAAUGCCGACCUUUGUGAUGACUGAUUUUGAAGGUGGCUUGAUAAAGGCUGUUGCAGCUGAAUUUCCAGCUGGUACACGUCACGUGGGAUGCUAUUUUCAUCAUUGUCAAUCUAUAUAUAGAAUGAUAUCAACUAUUGGUUUAAAAACAGCAUAUGAAACCAAAGAUAAUGUACGUGAAUUAUGCAAGAAGUUAAUGGCUAUUGCUCUUAUGCCAAUUGAUGAAAUUGAAGAUGCAUUUUUACAAGUAUCGAAAGAUAUAACACAAGAAAACUUUACCGAUCCACGUAUUUCGACUUUAAUUCACGAUCUGAUGAAUUAUUACAAUCACGAAUGGAUUUCUAUGAUAGGUAAAGAAAGGACGGGGGCGCAUCAG